CGACACGCAAAAAUUCCUCCCGGAGGAGUGUCCGUGCUCGACCAGAAUGCAGAAGGUCGCGCACCGUUCCCAGUUGCUGUGAAAAAAUGGCUGCCAAAUCGCUUCUUCUCAGGCGGCUCUCGAGAGUCCUCCAAUGCCGUCCGCGUUCUUCUUCGGUCGGUGCCUGCGCUCGCGAGCUUCUUGUAGCAUCCAGAGCACCGCGAGAGUCCGUCGGUCGCGUCGGCCUUCUCUUUCGACAUGUUUCUCGGAGUUUCUCGUCCGGCCCGUCGGAUGUCGGCGAUCUCCCUGGCCCCGCCGCCAUUGAUUAUCGUUCUCUACUGCAGGAGGAUGAGUUCCACAGGCUAGCGGAUUCCACCAUCCAUGACCUGCAAGAGAAGUUUGAGGAUUAUGGAGAUGACGUCGAGAUUGACGGGUUUGAUAUAGACUAUGGGAAUGAUGUUUUAACCCUCAAACUUGGGGAACUAGGCACGUAUGUAUUGAAUAAACAGACGCCAAACCGGCAAAUUUGGCUCUCCUCUCCAGUGAGUGGUCCGUCCAGAUUUGAUUGGGAUCAGGAGUGUCAGUCAUGGGUUUACAGAAGAAACAAGGCUAAUCUUUUGAAAGUCCUAGAGAGAGAGUUGGAGAAUCUCUGCAGUCGACCGAUUAGUCUCUCCUAACAAAUGUUAGUUUCCAUUGGUAAGUUCCCCCUAAAAGGUGUUCUGUGAGGAUUGCUGCCUAAUGUAAGACCCUGGCUAAACUUUUAUAAAUGUACCGUUUAUGGCUGUGAAA